AAACAAGGUUGAAACUUGUUUAUUUAUUUUCCUGAAACAGCGUCAGAUCGAAGGGAUAGGCUUUGGCUUUUCUCUGAAGCCAUGACGACGUCGUUCGGAACUGCGACGAGUGUCGUGACACUGAACGAUCCAAUGAUUCGAUUGCAGAGCUUUACGGGGUUGAGAUCUUUGCAUUCUGUUGCUUUUCCGGGAAAUGUUAGCGCCUUUCCGGUUCCCUUCUCCACUCCUUCACUAAUUAGAGCUAUCUCCACGUCAGUCAAGCCUGACAAGACUACUCCAGAGCCGAAGCGAAGUAAAGUCGAAAUAUUUAAAGAACAAAGCAAUUUCAUUAGAUACCCUCUUAGUGAGGAGAUACUGAGUGAUGCCCCCAAUAUAAACGAGGCAGCAACUCAAUUAAUUAAGUUCCAUGGGAGCUAUCAACAGUAUGACAGAGAUGAACGAGGUACAAGGUCUUAUUCCUUCAUGCUUCGCACUAGAAACCCCGGUGGGAAAGUCCCAAACCAACUCUACUUGACUAUGGAUGAUCUUGCCGAUCAGUUUGGUAUCGGAACACUUCGUUUAACUACGAGGCAAACAUUUCAACUCCAUGGUGUUGUGAAGAAGAACCUCAAGACCGUAAUGAGCACAAUCAUUAAAAACAUGGGUUCAACUCUUGGUGCGUGUGGGGAUCUCAAUAGGAAUGUGCUUUCUCCUGCAGCACCUUUAGUGACAAAAGAAUACCUGUUUGCGCAGGAAACUGCUGACAACAUUGCCGCUCUGUUAACUCCUCAGUCAGGUUUUUACUAUGACGUAUGGGUGGAUGGGGAGAGAUUCAUGACAUCGGAACCUUCAGAGGUUGUCAAAGCCAGGAACGAUAAUUCCCAUGGAACGAAUUUCCCCGAUUCGCCUGAGCCGAUAUAUGGGACUCAGUUCUUGCCGAGGAAGUUCAAAAUUGCUGUGACUGUGCCAACUGAUAACUCAGUCGAUAUUCUCACGAAUGAUAUUGGUGUUGUGGUAAUUUCUGAUGAAAAAGGGGAGCCUCAGGGGUUCAACGUCUAUGUUGGUGGCGGCAUGGGAAGAACCCAUAGGCUAGAGACCACUUUUCCGUGCUUGGGAGUACCACUGGGUUAUGUGCCAAAACAGGACAUUUUGUACGCUAUUAAAGCCAUUGUUGCCACACAACGAGAUCAUGGCAGAAGAGAUGACCGGAAAUUUAGUAGAACCAAAUAUUUGAUCAGCUCUUGGGGGAUUGGAAAGUUUAGGAGUGUUGUCGAGCAAUAUUAUGGAAAGAAAUUUGAGCCUUUCCAUGAGUUGCCUGAGUGGGAAUUUAAGAGUUACUUGGGAUGGCAUCAGCAGGGUGACGGUGCAUUAUUUUGCGGGCUCCAUAUAGAUAGUGGUCGUGUUGCAGGGAAAAUGAAAAAGGCUCUGAGGGAAGUAAUAGAGAAGUAUAAUUUAAAUGUUCGAAUCACCCCAAACCAAAACAUUAUUUUGUGUGACAUUCGUAGUGCAUGGAGGCGUCCCAUUACCACAGUUCUUGCUCAGGCUGGCCUGUUGCAACCUAGAUAUGUGGACCCCCUGAACUUAACUGCUAUGGCUUGUCCAGCUUUCCCACUUUGUCCAUUGGCAAUAACUGAAGCUGAGCGUGGCAUACCCGAUAUCCUCAAGCGAGUCAGAGCCGUCUUCGAGAAGGUUGGUCUCAAGUACAAGGACUCAGUGGUGAUACGGAUUACCGGCUGCCCUAAUGGUUGUGCUAGACCAUACAUGGCUGAGCUUGGACUGGUUGGUGAUGGUCCCCACAGCUAUCAGAUUUGGCUUGGAGGAACACCCAAUCAAACCCAAUUAGCAACCAGUUUUAUGGACAAAGUCAAAAUUCAGGAUCUUGAAAAUGUUUUUGAGCCUUUGUUCUACUACUGGAAACGAAAACGACAUCUCAAAGAAUCAUUUGGCGACUUUACAAACCGCACUGGAUUUGAAAAACUUCAAGAACUGGUGAACAAAUGGGAAGGUCCAGUGCAAGCACCAAGGUAUAACCUAAAGCUCUUUGCUGAUAAACAGACAUAUGAAGCCAUGGAGGAGCUUGCUAAGCUGCAGAACAAGAGUGCUCAUCAGCUGGCGAUCGAAGUUAUCCGUACUUUCGUUGCUGCCCAGCAGAACGGUAGAAGUGAAUAAGUCUAUCUUAGAUGC